UUUAAAAUCCAACAACAAAAUUUUAGUAAGAUAUCCCUGUAGGAUAUUAGAAAGAUCUUCUUGAGCCUAUCUUCGAAAUGCCAUCGGUAAAUCAGACUUUCUCCUGAAAUGCUGGUCCUCUCUUGGGCCAUCUGAGCAUGACACAUGCUGACCUGCCCACACUGACUGGCUGUAACACCGGCCCAAGGGUUACUUGGCCGCUGCAUGCCUAGACCACCGAGGUGUCCUGCCGGGACGAUGUCCCUGCAAAGACCCAGCGCCAUGUACCAGGCUCAGAUCUCGGCUCUGGUGUUCGGCGUCAGCGGGUUUGGAGCUCUCAUCGCGGCCACCGCGUCCAACGAGUGGAAGGUAACCACCCGAGCAUCGUCCGUGAUAACCGCCACCUGGGUUUACCAGGGUCUGUGGAUGAACUGCGCGGGCAAUGCCUUGGGCUCUUUCCACUGCCGACCGCACUUCACUAUCUUCAAAGUAGAAGGUUACAUCCAGGCAUGUCGAGGACUUAUGAUCGCCGCUGUCAGCCUGGGCUUCUUUGGUUCCGUAAGUGCCCUGUUUGGAAUGAAGUGCACCAAAGUCGGGGGCUCAGAGAAAGCCAAGGCGAAAAUUGCAUGUUUGGCUGGGAUUGUGUUCGUACUGUCAGGGCUGUGCUCAAUGACCGGUUGUUCCCUGUAUGCAAACAAAAUCACAACGGAAUUCUUUGACCCUCUCUAUAUUGAUCAAAAGUAUGAAUUAGGAGCCGCUCUGUUCAUUGGAUGGUCGGGAGCCUCACUCUGCAUAAUCGGUGGCGUCAUAUUUUGCUUUUCAAUAUAUGAGGGCAACAAAACACCCAGGAUGGGAUACACGUACAAUGGGCCCACGUCUGUCGUGUCUUCGCGGAUGAAGUAUCACGGGGGACCAGACGCUAAAACUGCAAACCCUCCGAAACAGUUCGACAAGAACGCGUAUGUCUGAGGCGAGCACGGAGGCAGCCCGUCUGGAGUUUGUUACAAAGGGGCACCAGUCACAAAACGGCCCCAUCAAGGCCCUCCUAGAAUUAACACUCAAACUAUUCUGAAAACACAGAUGUGAAGAAUUUGUUGAUUGCGUGGAUGUACGUGUUCUUACAUAGUUACAUACGAAUCAUUUUCUGUCGUGGCUAUGAAAAAAAUAAAGAGGCUAUUUCUAGGAUUUGUAUACAUUUUAU